CAAUUGGCUUUCACUAUUCUAUUUGUUUAACUCUUAUUGUCUUGUUCUAAAUUCUAAAAACAUAACCUCAAACACUAAAUCUUCCACCUUGUUACCCUCUUUUGCCUCAUCUUAUCCUUUAUCUAUCCAUCCUUCCCUUCUUCAUCCUUUAUUACUAUCACAUACAUCUCUUCCUACUCUUUCUCACUAUUACUUUCUUUAUUUACAUUCAUGUAUCUCUUACUAAAUUAAAUAUUAUUGUAGAUAUACAUUUUUCAUACACAAAUAAGUAUUCUUCAUGCAUGCUUUUUCUUCAUAAUUUUAUUUUAUUUAUCUCCAAGUAAUUAAUUGAUAUUGUUCAUUUUAAACAAGUGAAACAAGAUAUAUAUGGCUCCAAAGGCAAGUAAGGCUAAGCAAAGUAAGGCUAAAGGGGAAAAGAAGAAGAAGGAGGAAAAAGUUUUACCGACAGUCAUUGAAGUAACAGUCGAUACGCUUAAUGAUAGUCGAGUUAUUCUAAAGGGGAUUUCAACUGAUAAGAUUUUGGAUGUGAGAAAGCUGUUGGCUGUGCAUGUUGAGACAUGUCAUUUGACCAAUUAUUCUCUAUCUCAUGAGGUGCGGGGACCAAACCUCAAAGAUUCACUCGAAAUUGUCUCUCUUAAGCCAUUCCAUCUUACCAUUAUUCAAGAUGACUACACUGAAAAGGACGCAAUCACACACGUGAGGCGGCUGCUAGACAUAGUAGCAUGCACCACAACAUUUGGGCCAAAAGUGGGCCGGAAAGAAACAGGCCCAAAAGAAGGUGAAGUGGAAAAUGGAAAGAAGGAAGAUAAAGGGGAGAUAGAUAUGAGUCCACCACCAAGGUUGGCCCAGUUUUACGACUUCUUCUCUUUCUCACAUCUCACUCCUCCUAUUCAAUAUAUUAGGAGAUCUAACCGCCCUUUCCUUGAGGACAAGACAGAAGAUGAUUUUUUUCAAAUUGAUGUUCGCGUCUGUGGUGGAAAGCCUAUGACAGUUGUUGCUUCACGAGAAGGAUUUUAUCCUUCAGGGCGACGACAGCUUCGUUGCCACUCAUUGGUUGGCCUACUGCAGCAAAUAAGUCGUGUGUUUGAUGCGGCAUAUAAGGCCCUUAUGAAAGCUUUUACGGAGCAUAACAAGUUUGGAAAUCUACCUUAUGGUUUUCGUGCAAACACAUGGGUUGUCCCUCCAGUGGUGGCUGAUAACCCUUCUGCUUUCCCACCUCUUCCUGUGGAAGAUGAGAACUGGGGAGGAAAUGGAGGUGGUCAAGGAAGAGAUGGAAAGCAUGAUAACCGACAAUGGGCAAAAGAGUUUGCAAUCUUGGCAGCUAUGCCUUGCAAAACCGCUGAGGAGAGGCAAGUACGAGACAAGAAAGCUUUUCUUCUCCACAGUUUAUUUGUCGAUGUUUCAGUUUUUAAAGCUGUAGCUGCUAUAAAGAAUAUCAUCCAAAGCAAUCCAAAUUCUCCUUCUACUGAUGUACUUUUGGAACAAGUUGGAGAUUUACAAAUUACAAUAACAAAAGAUGAACCUGAUGCUAGUACAAAGUUGGACAGCAAGUAUGAUGGAAGUCGUGUUCUUGGAUUGCUCCCAGAGGAGCUUGCCCGUAGAAAUUUAAUCAAGGGUAUAACGGCUGAUGAGAGUGCUACAGUUUGUGAUACUCCUACACUAGCUGUAGUAGUUGUUAGUCAUUGUGGCUACACAGCUGUUGUGAAAGUUUCUUCGGAGGUAAAUUGGGAGGGAGAACCAAUUCCCCAAGACAUUGAGAUUGAAGAACAACCUGAAGGAGGUGCUAAUGCUUUAAAUGUAAACAGUUUGAGAUUGUUGCUGCACAAGUCAUUAUCUCCGUCGUCAGCUUCUGCUCAACGAUCACAAUGUGCAGAUGUCGAAGAUUUGAACUCUGGCAGGUCAUUGGUGAGAAAAGUAAUGGCAGAGAGUAUAUCAAAGUUAGAGGCAGAAAGUACUAAAACUGUUAAGUCUAUAAGAUGGGAGCUUGGUGCUUGUUGGGUGCAACACUUGCAAAAUCCGACUUCAGUGAAAGUAGAGUCCAAGAAAUCCGAGGAGGUUAAGCUUGAGCCUGUUGUGAAGGGUCUUGGAAAGCAAGGAGGACUAUUAAAGGAAAUCAAAAAAGGAAUUGAUGUAAAGCACAAUAAAGAAGCUGCUGAUAACAGACUAGACUCGAGCAAGAAAUCAGAUGUCGUUGAUCCAAAAGAACUUGAGAAACUUGCUGCAGUGACGGAAAGUCUGUGGAAGAAGUUGAUAUCCGAGGCAGCUUAUUCACGUUUGAAAGAGUCAGAGACUGGUCUUCAUUUGAAGGCGCCUGAUGAUCUUAUUGAAAUGGCACAUAAGUAUUAUGCUGACACAGCCCUUCCGAAGUUGGUGGCAGAUUUUGCGUCUUUGGAACUUUCUCCAGUUGAUGGAAGGACACUAACUGAUUUUAUGCAUACAAGGGGAUUGCAAAUGUGCUCUUUAGGACGAGUGGUUGAACUUUCUGAUAAACUCCCACACGUACAAUCAUUGUGUGUGCAUGAAAUGAUCGUUAGAGCCUACAAGCAUGUAUUGCAAGCUGUAAUUGCGGCAGUUGAUGAUGCUUCUGAGUUGGUUAGUGCUAUAGCAGCAUGCUUAAACAUAUUAUUGGGAUCACUAAGCUCCGAUGAUGCAGAUGAAGAAACUAUUAGUGAUGAUAACUUGAAACAAAAAUGGGUCAAAAUAUUUCUCUUGAAGAGGUUUGGUUGGCAAUGGAAACAAGAAACCUGCCAAGAUCUUAGAAAGUUUGCCAUUCUUCGCGGGCUUUGCCAUAAGGUUGGACUUGAACUUGUUCCAAGAGACUACGAGGUAGAUACGAAAUGUCCAUUUAAGAAGUCGGACAUUAUAAGCAUGAUACCAGUAUAUAAGCAUGCUGCUUGUUCUUCUGCUGACGGACGUACACUUUUAGAGUCAUCAAAAACGUCCUUGGACAAAGGCAAAUUGGAAGAUGCUGUCAAUUAUGGAACCAAGGCACUUUCCAAGCUUGUUUCGGUCUGUGGUCCUUAUCAUCGCAUGACAGCCGGAGCAUAUAGUCUUUUAGCCGUGGUACUUUAUCAUACCGGAGAUUUCAAUCAGGCAACGAUAUAUCAGCAGAAAGCACUUGACAUCAACGAAAGAGAGCUUGGUCUUGAUCAUCCUGACACAAUGAAAAGUUACGGAGAUUUGGCUGUUUUCUACUAUCGUCUCCAGCAUACAGAAUUGGCCCUGAAGUAUGUAAAUCGCGCAUUAUAUCUCUUACAUCUCACCUGUGGCCCUUCUCAUCCGAAUACUGCCGCCACAUAUAUAAAUGUGGCAAUGAUGGAAGAAGGUUUGGGGAAUGUUCAUGUUGCAUUAAGAUAUCUUCACGAAGCGCUAAAGUGCAACCAAAGAUUGCUCGGGGCUGAUCAUAUACAGACUGCUGCGAGCUAUCAUGCCAUUGCGAUUGCUUUAUCUUUGAUGGAAGCUUACUCCUUAAGUGUUCAGCAUGAGCAGACCACUCUGCAAAUAUUGCAGGCAAAGCUUGGAUCAGAAGAUCUGCGAACUCAGGAUGCGGCUGCCUGGCUUGAAUAUUUUGAAUCCAAGGCUCUAGAACAGCAGGAAGCUGCUCGUAAUGGCACCCCGAAACCAGAUGCCUCCAUCUCCAGCAAAGGACAUUUGAGUGUAUCGGAUCUCCUCGACUAUAUUACCCCCGAGGCAGAACUUAGAGCAAGAGAAGCUCAAAGAAAACAAGCUCGUGCAAAGGUAAAGAGCAAAGCUGAGCAAACUUGGGAAAUGGUAGAAGAUGAAUCACCCAAGGAUGAAAACUUGUCACCAAGCUAUCCAGCUGAGAGUAGCAGUGACAAAGAAAACAAGUCUGAACCUGUAGUCGAGCCUGUACAGGAGAAAGAUGCCAAUGCCAGUGCUGAAGCAGUCACCGUCCUAAAUGGUGAUCUGACACAAGAUGACACAUCAGAUGAAGGAUGGCAAGAAGCUGUUCCUAAAGGACGAUCUAUAACAAGCCGUAAGCCUUCUGCUUCACGACGACCUAGCUUAGCAAAACUCAAUACAAACUUUGUGAAUCAACAACAAUCACGCUUUCGAGGCAAGACAUCGAGUUUUACAUCCCCAAGGCCUCCUUUAAAUGAGUCUACUAUUACUAGUCCAUCAGUCUCGAAGAAGUUUACUAAGGGGACAAGCUUUAAUCCAAAGCAGGGUACUUCUACAACCUUAGAUGUUGCAACCGAGAAGUCGGCAAACUUGAAAUCUGUACCAUCAAGUUCGUCUUUGUCUGAGAAAGUUCUCAAGCCAACUCCUCUCGCAAGCUCAAUUAAUAUUCAGACGGCUGGGAAACUUUUCUCGUAUAAAGAGGUUGCUCUUGCACCACCAGGAACAAUUGUGAAGGCAGUCAUAGAGCAAUCAACAAAGGAAGAGAUCAAUAGUUUAGAAUCUACCCAAGCUGAGCAAAAAGCCGCAGGCGAGGAAGUGGAGGAUGAAUCUGCUCAAAAGUCUAAGGAUGAGAAAGUAGAAGAAAAAAAACUCGAAGAUGACUCACAAAAGGUAGUAUCAAAUGAAAUUAUAACCAACACAACCAAUGAUACAAAAAAAGAAGUCGAAACUGAUGAAUAUAAAAAUCUGAAAAUUUCUUUGAAAGUGGAUGAAGUUGGGGGAAAUGGGGAAAUAGAAAACAACCUUGUGCCUGAAUCAUUAGACUCUCAGCCUCUUUCUGGUGGAUCACUCACUGAAUUAUCGGUAGUAAAUGAUGGAAAAUCGCUGGAUGUACCGAGUAUAGAUUGCGAUGGGAUUCCUUCACAAACAGAAGGGGAGAAGCAAGACGGAAUAGAAAGUGGUACGGAAACAACCAAGAAACUUUCUGCAUCAGCACCUCCUUAUAAUCCAACAUUAAUACCGGUUUUUGGGACUGUUCCAGCUCAAGGAUUCAAAGACCAUAGUGGAAUGCUACCCCCACCUGUAAAUAUAACACCAAUGAUGGCAGUUAGUCCUAUUCGUCGAUCACCCCAUCAAUCAGCUACUGCUCGGGUUCCUUAUGGCCCACGAUUAUCUGGAGGUUAUAACAGGUCUGGGAACCGAGGGAACCGUAUAAAACCUGGAAUUCUCAAUGGAGAGCAUAUUGGGGAUGUAAACCACUUUAAUCCUCCUUUAAUCAUGAACCCACAUGCAGCAGAGUUUGUUCCUAGCCAACCAUGGAAACCGAAUGGUUACCCUUUAUCUCCGAAUGGCUAUUUGGGUUCAGCACAUGGGAUGCCGGUGUCUCCAAAUGGUUAUGCGACUAUAACUCCAACUGGUGUAUCUCCAACUAAUGCUUACCAACCCUCCUUGAAUGGGAUUCCAGAGGCACAAAAUGGGUUACCAGAAUCUCCUAAUGGUUCUUCAGAGUCCUCUGAGGUUGCACAUGUUGAAACUGCUGCUGAAAAAAGUGAUCAGGUUUUGUUAGAAGAAAAUUUAGAGAACUCAUCAUGGGACACCGUAAUGGAUUCAAAUAAAUCAGGAGGAGAAAAACCCAAAGAUGUGAAAGGCGAUCAUGAGAUAUGGGAGCCUCCUGUUGCUGAAACACCAGUAUUAUCUGAUGUUGUUGCCGUAGAAAGUGAUGAUCAUACGAUAAUUCAGGAAAGACCGAGUAAAUGUUGGGGAGACUAUAGCGACAACGAAGUUGAAUUUGUUGAGGUUGCUAGUUAAAUGAGAUAGUUUUGUCGAUUACCGUUAGAAAUUCCGCCAUCAGGUCCCCUAAUGUGCAGCAGCAGGCCAACAGUGAAUCAAUUGAAGCAUAAUUUGACAAAGCAGUUUGCUUUCGGUUCAGAUCUGACUUGGUUAUGCAAAGAAUACUUGAAUUAGUGUAUAUACCAAGUUUAUCAAGUUCAUGAGCAUGCGUGCGACGAAGGUUCAAUCAUACAAUGGUGCCACAAACCAGGCCAUUUUUGUGCUAAUUGAUACUACCUCUGUUUGGAUUUAGUUGUCUGCAUUAUUAGCGUCAUUUGUGGAAUAUUUUGUUGACAAGGAUCAUUUAAUUUACAAGUAGAGAAGAAAAAGAUAGAGUUGAAGGAGGGGAGCUCUCCUUUCUUUUUGCAAUUUUGUAUUUCUUUUAUUGCUUUAUGGAAGACAUCUUAACAAUAAUAAUAUGCAAUUUGUGCUUUCAGUUCAUGUUCA